GCGAAUUUUGCAGUUGGUGAUGUUGAGGAGUUGCGUGGUUUUCGAAGUGGCGUGGUGGUUUUCGACUGGUUUUGACGGUUUUGGUGGGGGUAGGGGAUGCCGGCGACAGGGGUUAGGGUGCUGGCGACAUGGGCAGGUGGCGCCGGUGGUACGGCUGACUGGGUUUGGGUUUGGGGUUAGGGUUUUUUUCUUUUUAAUUUUUCUUUUUGUUUUUAUUAAUUUAAUUUUUUUUAAAACCAAUAGGAAAUUGACACGUGUUAAUUAUAGGAAAUUUAAUUUUAAAAUCAUUUCUGUUCAGUUAAAAUCAGUUGACGAAACACGAGUGAUGACCCUAAUAUAUUGGGUUGGGUUGGAAUUUGGAAGAAGUGCAACUACACUCUUACCAUAGCACUCUCACCCCAAAAGCCCACAAAACGAGCUUUUCACCCAAAACACCAAGCGAAUGUUGAAAACCAACCAAAAACCCCAGUAGAACCCUCAAUCUUCCAUCAACAAUGGCUUCUUUCGCUGCGGCAAGGUCUAUCCUCCGCUCCUCUCCCGCCGCCCGAUCCGCCGCCCCACGUUUCUCCGCCGCCGCUAAACCAAAAUCCAACCCAUUUUCUCCCUCCUCAUUCAACCUUCCGAAGCAAAAGACUCUCUCUGCCCCUCGCAUUUUCAGGUCUCCUGUUGAAUUGAGCUGCUGUGUUGAAUCGUUGAUGCCGUAUCACACGGCUACUGCCUCUGCGCUGCUCAACUCCAUGCUUUCUGCUGCGCCCCGAAGCGCUGGUUGGACUCCUGAGGGGAAAGACCAGACUAGAUGAAGAGCAAGCUAGCACAGAUGGGAAGACUCGUGGGGUUGAAUUUUGUGAGUUUUGUGCUGCUUAAGUAGUGGAAUGUAAAACAUUGUUACAGAUCAAGAAAAUGAAUGACUAACGUAUACAAUUUGAUCUCAAGUGGCAAUUAUCAUAUUUCUUUGUUUGAAUUGUGUUAUGUAAAAGGUGUAGGUCAGGUUUUAAAAAUGUUUCAAUCACCUUUAUCUUGACAAUGGAUAUAUCUGAUUCCUUCAUGUUGGAGUUUCGAA